CCGGAAAGGAGGCGGUGGCAGCGCGCCGGGGGCGGGGCUGGGGCAGCGCGAGGACGGCGCGGGCGCGGCUGAGGUGAAGAGUGAGAAAAAUGACACGAACGUGGAGCUUCAGCAGAAAAAUGACCUUGGAUUCCCCUUAAGUGACAUGUCCUCUUAUGCCCUUUUUCUCAGUGUCUGGAGGCAGAAGUCAGCCUUGAAAUGUGGUGGUUCCAGCAAGGCCUCUCGUUCCUGCCCGCGGCACUGGUUGUGUGGUCAGCAGCGUCGUUUGUGUUUUCCUACAUUACUGCAAUUGUCCUGCACCAUGUUGACCCUUUGGUGCCCUACAUCAGUGAUACAGGGACAAUACCACCUGAAAGAUGCUUAUUUGGGAUCAUGUUAAAUGUUUCAACCUUCUUGGGGAUGGCCACCAUGUACGUCCGGUACAAACAAGUGUCUGCCCUGAGCCCAGAAAAACCCAAGAUCCUCAGGCUGAAUAAGCUGGGCCUUACACUGGGAUGGAUGAGCUGCUUUGGACUCUGCAUUAUUGCAAAUUUCCAGAAAUGCAUCCUGUACUACGUCCACGUGCUGGGAGCCUGCCUGACCUUCGGGGUGGGGUCCAUUUACAUGAUGGUUCAGACCAUCCUGUCCUACCUGAUGCAGCCAGAACUUCACAGCAAAGACAUCUUCUGGGCCCGCCUGGCCGUGUUCCUGUGGAGCUGUUCCAGCAUCUUGAGCAUGUUUGUGUCCUCAGUUGUGUUGUACAGUGGCUUGUAUGGACAGAACCUGGUGCAGAAGCUGCACUGGGACCCCCAGGAAAGAGGCUACAUCCCCCACAUCAUCAGCACCGUCUCUGAGUGGUCACUGGCAUUCUCCUUCCUCAGCUUCUUCCUCACCUACAUCCGUGACUUCCAGAAAAUCUCCCUGCGAGCCGUGGUCAGCCUGCAGGGCCAGACCCUGCAUGAGAGCCCAGGGGGCUUCAGGGCAGAAGAGCAGGCACUGCUCAUAGCAGGGAGCAUCUGAUGGAUGGAGAUAACUCAGGAAUUUAAUAGCAAUAACAGCUGUUAUUUCUAAACAUUUAUUUUAUAUAAAAAAAUGUAUGAAGUGAUUGUCUUGUACUUGACAUCAAGGGCUUUGCACAGCUUUGCAAAUGUUACCAGUACUGUGAAUGAGUCUGUGACAUUUCUACAUUUUCCAAUGUCAUGAAGGAUUAAAUGAAGGUUGUUAAUGA